AUGCGCACCGAGUCAGGCAGUAUUUCGUCAUCACCACCGCCAUUCACAUCAGGGCCUAUUUCCAAACUGGAGGUAGAAGGAGAGAAAUCAGUGAAGGAUGGAAAUGUUGGACUCAGGGAUCGAAAUGCCUGUGUCAAAUUUCUGGCCAAUAAUUGGUUUAUGCUUGCUACCAUUGGUGGGGUCUGUUUGGGAUUCGGCUUGGGCUUCAUUGUCCGAACCACGCAACCCGGAACAACUGCCAUCACAUGGAUUGCCAUGCCAUCUGAUAUUUAUCUCAGGCUUCUUCAACUUACCAUCUUACCUCUAAUUUCCUCCAAUAUUCUAAUUGCUUUUGCAACGUUGGAUUUUAAAAAGGAUGGAAAAGUGGGAAUCAUCGGGAUUUUAUACAUUUUUGCGCUCAACUUGGUUUGUGCAGUUAUCGGAGCGGUGUGCGCGCUACUCAUUCAACCAGGUAGUAGAGUAUUAGUCGGCAAUACGAAUGAGAGCGCUCCACUUUCCACGGCAUCCGGACUCACAGCAUCGGACGUCUUUAGGGACUUGUUUUACUCUAUUAUCUUCGGAGCAGCUGCAAAAGUUUCCGGCGAAGUUGCAAAGACAUUCAUUGAUUUCUUCAAAGCCCUUUCUGCAAUUGUCACCAAAAUAAUGUCGGUGUUUCUUCUUGUCACCCCAGUGGCUGUGUGCUUCAUGAUUGCCAGCUCGGUGGUUGGGCGGAAGAACAUCGAAUCGGACUUCGUUCAAUUGGGCCUAUUCGUGGUCACGGUGCUCACGGCUCUUGCAAUUCACUUCAUCUUAAUUAUACUAGUCUUUUUCAUUUCCAGUCGCAAAAAUCCUCUUCGAUUGCUUAAGUACUCUGGACCUGCAUACAUUCUUGCUUUCGCAACCACUAGCCCAGCCCUUGCCUUGCCAGAGACAUACAUGGGUUUGGACAAGUACGGUGUUCGUCAGAGCGUAUCUAGACUACUAUGCCCAUUGGCAGCAACGCUCAAAGGCGAUGGACCCGCAGCUUUUAUUGCCGCGUCGGUCAUUUUUGUAGCUCAGAACUCCCGCAUAGAGCUCAAUAUCGGACAGAUAUUCACCAUCCUGAUCCUCACAUUCACCUCUUCUCUCGCAACGCCAAAUAUUCCAAGCGCGAGCAUUGUGCUUAUUGUGACUAUCUUAUCUUCGAUAGGCGUGCCCACAGAAGGAGCCGGUCUCCUCUUUGCAAUGGAAUGGUUGAUGGAUCGGUGUCGGUCUGGAAGCGGAGCGUUAUCAAUUUUAUUUUUGACUGCAACCGCGGAGGCGAUUUACGAUAAGAUAAAAAAGAGAAAGAAUGCUGAGGAAACCGAAUUUUUCACGGAACAUGAUGAAGAUUCAACAUCACCUGUGUAG